UUGCUGUAUCCCUACCUCGGGCAGGCAGGAUGGGGCACGGCGGUGCUGGGAGCGUUCGCUUCGAAACGUCCCUUUUAUUGAGAUGUUUGUGCGAGCAGUCAUGCAUCUGGUUAUCUCUCCUUUUCACUUAAUUUUGCACAGAGCUAGGUGGAUAAACUGCUCUCAUCUGUUAAAAAUCCGCUUAAACCUCUUGUUUAAACUUCUGCAUGUGACUGUCUCCUGGUAGACAUUUGUCAUAGAAUGACUAAGGUUGGAGAGGACCUCUAAGCUCGUGGAGUCCACCUGGGAACACCACCAUGUUUACCGCUAAACCAUGUCCCCAAGUGCCACAACCACGCAUCUUUUGAGCACUUCCAGCGGUGGUGAUUCCAGCCUCUUCCAAUGCCUCAUCAGCCUUUCAGUGCAGAAAUUUUUCUUAGUAUCGAAUCUAAACCUCCCCUGAUGCAACCUGAGACAAUUUCAUCUUGUCCUGUCAUAUGUUACCUGGGAAAAGAUACUGACCCCCAGGCUACAAUCUCCAUUCAGGUGGUUGUAGAGAGUCCUAAGGACCUCCCUGAGCCUCCUUUUCUUCAGGCCAAACAACUGCAGCUUUGUUCCCUGUGUGGUUAACUCUCUGCUGCUUUGUAUCAACUUAUAUACUUGCCACAUUGCAUUUGCUGGUAGGUGCUCUUGCAUACCCACCUCUGCAGAAUUAGGAUAUUUCCUCUCGGGCUUUGGGACUGCUCUGGGCUUGAAGGCAGGGAAACCAGUUGUCUGAAAAGUAACCUGGCAAAAUAUUUUAUUUUUGUUUCUUCAAGAUAACCCUCUUUCCUGACUUAGUAGAUGGUAUGGUCUCUGAAACUGUUGUGAUGGCCCAGGGCCUGGCAUGAGUGACCAGCUGGGAAACUGGGGAUGAAAAAGUCGUGGUGAUGAAAAGAAGUUCAAGAGAGAAAAAAGAAAGCUAAGCUCGAGAGGAGAGAAGAGAGGCAGAUAGAUGGAGAUGAGAAACAUCCCCCAAAGCAGCAGAAGGUACCAGCUGAAGAACAGCAGUGGCCAGAGAAUAUGCCUGAAUGGGAAGAAAGGAAAUCCCUGCUAGCUCAGAGAAGAGUGGAGUCUAUCAGACUGCUUACAGUGCUGUUAAAUCGUGUGAAAUUGGCAAGUCAAAAAGUGGAUCCUUCGUUGGGCAUAAGGAAGGACAGUUCUUUUUCUGAAACAGCAUUAAAAGGCAUACACCAGGAACUGAUUAACUCCCACUAUCACACGCACAAAGAGCUGAAACAUGAGGAAGAGUUUAAGUGCCUGUUAACCCGAAAAGGUGGUGGUUUGUGUAGUGAGGAGGGAGAUGUGCGUAAUUUCCAUGCAACUGCUUGUCACAUAGUCAGGACGGUGUUAAAUGAGCCCUCUCCAGCGCCGGGCUCUGAGGGGCUGCCUGGCAGAGACCUGUGCGACUCCUCUGGCUGUGGAUCUUUGCUGAUUACGGUCACCCCAGACGGCAGGGUCAUCGAACCUCUCGGUGGAAGGGACCACCCAGCGCUGAAUGCAGCUCACACACAGGCAGUGGCUGAGGAAGAUGAUUGCAAAAAGCGAAAGGUUUAUGAGACUGAUGAAUUCAUCCAUUAUUUACUGAACUACUAUCAGACACCACAUUAUGCACGUGUCUACCUAGAGCCAAAAAACACGGCGAGCGAGUCCUGGUGGAAGAGAGUGGUGGUUGGUGACAGUGGUGGUUUUGACAUCAGCUUGAGUAACAAACAUGGGCAGCACCUCAGAGGAGUGAGUCCUGCACAAAACCUCUACAAAACAAAUUGUAGUAGUAAUUAUAGACUGGUGAUCACUGUUGGGGAACUUGAAUCAACAGACAAAGUGUCAGACAACAAAGCCCAUGGUGGCAAGCUUGCAAAAAAGUUUCAAGUGCAGAGGAAUGACUCACUCACUGUUGAUAACUUACCACAUGCUGUUCUGAAUCAUUCUUUGGAGUGCACUGCUGUUUCUUGUGAUAAGGAAUUCAAACAAGAAGAUGGUCGAGAUGAAGGCGCUGUACCAUAUGAAACAUGUAGAUCUGCUUUCAGAUUAAAGGAUUUGUUGGAAGAGAUCAGUGACUCCGAGUACUUUAGAGAGCCAUGUGGUGGCUCAAUGAAGAGAGCAGAAAAAAGGUGUGAAGAAAUUCACAGCAAUUGUAACAGAGGGUGCUUGCCUGCAAGAGGUGGGGAAAGAAAAUUGCUGGUUUACCAUAAAAAUGUAGCUCUGGAAGGUCAAGAGAAGGAAACCAACAAAUGUAACUCCUGUUCUAAUUCUGUCCAUGAGGGCUUGGCAAGGCAGUGGGAACAGAAGCUUAAAAAGUCAUGCAAGAGGUCUAGUAGUAAAUUAAGAUAUGAAGGACAGAAAAGUGAGAGACAAUCCACAGAUGAGGAGAGAAAUGCUCAUAAAAUGAAGAAAAAGCGAAAAAAGCUUUCUCCUAAUUUUUUAUCUGAUGAAUGUGGCUUUUCAGAGACAGACAGUUGCAUGCAGCUGGAAUCACUCAGAAAGAUACAGAGAAAAUGUAAGAAAAUGUUCCACAAAAAAGUGAAAUUCAAGACACUUCACACUGCCAUAGCAGCACCAGAUGUUACCCCUCAUGAUGGCUCACCCCUUCAGGAGACCCUCCAGAGGAGAGGAGAUGAGAGGAAACUAAUGCUGAGAAGAGAGAUGGAUGCAGAUGUCAGAGGAUGCCCUCUAUUUCCUCUUGAGAUAAUUCAGACAAACCCUUGCUCAGAUACUUUCUGUGGAACAGAACCCAGAAGAGGAUGCUGAACACCUAUGAUAUAAUAGUUCUGAAUUUUUUGUGCAGAAGUGGGAGAAGAAAGGCCUUUGAUCAUUAAAAGGUAUCUGAAAUACUGGUUUGGGUUUUUUUUUGCUUAGGAAUUCCUUUGGUUAGAAUAUCUAACUGGUGCAGUGAGCCACAAAAGCAGAAUCUGUGUUUGCCUUUUGGAUAACAGAGGACCAAAACUUUCCCCAGGGCCAGACAAACUUUCAUGGAACAGCUGCUAAGAAUUUGAAAGGACGUGGAUUGAGAUCUUGGAGUGUUACACUUUGAUUAAAUGUAGGGAAUCAUGUAAAUAUCAAAAUCGCAGUAUUUAGUAAUAAUGAGUCAUUGGAAAAAACCGUACUUGUCAAUCCUAGAGCAAGCAUAUGAAGUGCCUCCUCAAUCAGAUUGUUCUAAUGAUGGGGCUGAAAGGUGUGGGGGACAUAUAUACUCAAUUGUGUGAAGUAAUAGAUUUCCAGUAUGAAAAAAGUCCCAUCUUCUAUAAAACCCACACUGGGAAAAUCCUUAUUUUCUAUUCACAAUUCUAGAGGUGUUUCUGAAAACUUGCUGGUUUUUGGGAGGAAGGAUUUCACUGAACUUGUGCUCCAUGUAGUGAUCCCAGGAAUCUGAACGGUCGUCUAAGCAAAGCUCUGAGUGUUCGAUAAUGAAAGGGCAAUGCUUCUCAGCCUGCUGACAGUCCCCUGUAAAUGCAGGUUGACAGUUUGUUCACAAAAUUUUGAAGGCACAUGUGGUGAGGUAGCUAUUUAGUACGAGUUUGCUUACAAAUAAUUUCCAGAGGAAUUGUGAAAUGUUGUCGGACUUGUGCUGCAUGUAGGUAAAAAUGUGAAAACGCUGUCUAGGAGCUUGAGUUAUAUCCAUAUUUAUUCAGCUGGCUAUAUCUACAAGACAGCCACAAUUGCUUUUGGACAAAGUUCCUUAGCAAGAUAUAGAGGACCAGCUCAAAGUUCAAUACGCUGAUUAUUGCAGCUUUCAUUUUAUUAUGCUUUAUUUAUUACAUGUCAGUAGAUUAAGUUAAUGUGAAAACGUUGCCUUCAUUACAUAGAAUCUUACCCAUGUUUGUAACUUCUGCUCUAAUAAAUAGUAAUAAAAAAGAAUAAUUGUAAUUGUUUGUGGUAGAUAGAUUUUCCUCCAGUGUUCAAUACUGGUGAUUCCUGCAGGCUUCUAAGCCAGGUUUUAUUAGUCUUCUCUGUUCAUAUGUUCAGAUGUUGAGUGCCUUUUCAGGGUCAUGAAUGACAAAUGGUUGCUACUCAAAGUAGUGUUAAUCUAAAGAUCUAAAAAGAUCUUAUUUUCUUGACAGAAAUAUUUUCUGACUGUUUUGGAGAACAUUUAUGCCCCUCUUAAGUCUCCUUUUUAGUAUUUUAUACAGUUCUAAUGAAGAUCAACUGUUGUACUUGUUGACUGUGUAAAAUGUUUUCAGUUGCACUGAUGUGACAUACCAAGGGUGUUUUUUCUCUAUGCAAUAUUUGCAGAUUAAAGAUGACAAAACUUCCCCCUCUGUCAAUCUAUAGACAGUUCUGUGUCCAUGAGUACCCAUUUCCCAUGAGACAGGCCUUUCGAUUAAAGGUGAGGAAGUUAUUUCUUUUUGUUAAUCUGGGGGAGAAGGAACAAAGGAUUUCCUUCAGUGUAAAUUUCCAGUGUUUUAUCAACGUGCUGUCACAAUAUUCAAUAACAAAUAAACACUCCAGUUCUGCAAUUGCUUCUUGCACCUAUAUUGAUUUAAAUGGAUAAAGCAAAUCCUCUGUCUACAAGACCUCAUUCUGUGUAAAACUUACUUGUUAGUAAAUAAAAUAUGCAUGCACUUUAAAUUGA